UUGUGAUUUCGUACGACUAUCCGAGUAAGAUCCAUUCUGCCGAUGUUUCAAAAGCGUUUGUAAUUUAGUCUUUCGGACAAAUCAAGUUGGUACUUCAUCCAAAUAUUGUGGUCGAGGGUUUUAGGAUCAUCAGCACAACAUAAAGAACAGAGCAGAGUUGUUGGAAUCCGUGAAAAGGUUACCAAGGGUUCAGUUUCCGAUACAGCUACGUGAACAACAAAAUGAUGGAGGACAGCUUAGAUGUCACAGUAGACAACUCUUAUGACAGUGAAGAGCAGGAAGAUGAUGAUGAUGAUUUUAAACAUGCCAAACUUCUGGAUGCCAUUUCAUCCCUGGAUGGCAAGAAAAAAUCUUCAGCUUCUCAAAGGACUGUGCUGGCCAAUCAGAUAUCAGAGUUCAAUUUCUCCUCCACAAAAGACCAGGGUAAAGUGAAACUUCAUGAACUAGUUGGGACUCUACGGGACACCACCAGUCAUGGUACUCUGAAGAAACAACUCCGAGCUGUCCAGAAAAGGGCAAAGGUUGUGGCUACACCCCUCCCCAGGCUUGAGCAGGAGAGAAUUCAGAGAGGAUUAGCAUACGAGACAACAUCAAAGGAGAUUUCUAAGUGGGACCCAGUGGUGGACAAGAACAGGAAGGCAGAACAGCUGAAGUUCCCACUUCAACAGCCAGACUUGAAAGUCGUGACAAGAACUGAUGAAUUUGUGAAGAGGUUCCAGGCAAGGACACCACUGGAGAAGGAGGUAGCCGCUCUGUUACACGGCAGUGACAGUGUCCUGGAGAACACUCAGGUCUUGACAGCUGCCGAACAGAGAGCCCUGGAUGCCAUGAGUCUGGAAGAGGCUAAAAUGCGGCGAGCUGAACUUCAGAAAUAUAGAGCACUCUUGUCAUAUAAAGAGGCCAAGGCAAGAUGGCAGAAAAAGAUCAAGAGUAAAAGCUACCAUAAACACUUGAGGAAGUCAAAACAGAAAGAAGAGUUGAAGGCAAUAGAGGAACUGCAGAAAAAUGACCCAAUGGCUUAUGUGGAGAAAAUGAAACAGCUGGAGAAAGACAGAAUUGAGGAACGAAUGAACCUGAAGCACAGAGGGGGCAGCAAGUUCCUACAAAGACAGAAAAUGUACUCCAAAUAUCAGGACCAGGCACGACAGGCGGUUCAAGACAUGUACCAAAAAAGCAGAGAACUGACUCAGAAAACUGCUGUGGAGAGUGAUAGUGAUGAGAGUGUAGCUAGCAUGAAGAGUGCAGAUGAACUCCACCUGGUGGAAGAUACAAAGGGGAGUAACCCAUGGAUGUCAGUCAAUACAGGAAAGAAAAUAAGAAUCAAGACUUGGGAUGAUUCUGUAGAAGAUUUAGUCGAGGACAAGACAGUUAAAGAUCUUCAUGAAGAUUCCCAUGGUAGGCUGAUGGAAACACCUAAAAGUGAUGUUGAGAAGGCUGAAGAAGAUGGUGAAAGCCGUGCUGAAUCUUUGAAAGAAGAGGAACAUAACCUUGAAAGAAAACAGAAGAGUAAUUCAUCAAGAAAGAAAAACCAGAAUGUUUCACAGAAAGAUGAUACAGACGGGAAAUCUGAUAAUGCUUCCUCUGGCAUGAAAGAGACUGUUUUGAAAAAGGGAAAUAACUCCAUAGACAGCAAGUUAGACAUUGAUGAACUGUUCGAACAGUUAGACAAAAAUGCAGAAAAGUCUGUGAAACGGGCUAAGAAAAAGAAGCUAAAGAAGAGAGAGAAGCCUUUGCUUGAAAGUCAACCAGGUAAGGAUGGAAAUGAAGAAGAGGAAACUGUUAUACAGGAAUCGUUACAGAAGAAAUCAAAGUUUGAGGACUUUGAUGUUGCUGAUGAAGAUGAUGAUGAAGAGACACACCCUGUCAAAAAAACAACACCAGUGCAAAAAGAAGAAAGACCGAAAGCCAAAAAACAUACAGCGGAGAUUUAUGUAGACCCCAAGAAAUUAUUUACUCUCGAAACCAAAGUCCAGUUUGCUUCUCUUCCUGACAUUGUGGUUAAUGAUGACGAGGAUAUUGCUGAAGACGAACAGAGGAUGACGAUCGCUGAGGCAUUUGCUGAUGAUGAUGUGAUAGAGGAGUUUGCCCGUGAGAAGGAGAGGUCAGGGCAACGCCAGAAAGCAAAGGACAUUGACCUGACCUUACCUGGCUGGGGACAGUGGGGCGGCACAGGUGUUCAGGUUAAUAAGAAGAGAAGGAAAAGAUUCCUCAUCAAAGCGCCACAAGGCCCUCCGAGGAAAGAUCGGAAACUGGGAAAUGUCAUCAUCAGCGAACAGAAAGAUGAGGCCAUAGCUAAACAUCAGGUAAGCCACCUGCCAUUCCCAUAUACCAAUGUUCAGCAGUUUGAGAGAAGUAUUCGAGCUCCUGUUGGCAAAACAUGGAACCCGGAGACAGCGUUCAAGAAGAUGACUAAGCCAAAAGUUGUGACCAGACUUGGAACUGUCAUUAAACCCAUGGACAAAAGUGAAAUGUUCCGCAUCAUAAAAGAAAGCAGACAUAACAUUUUCAAAUGA